AAUUAUAAAGCGUCGACAUCUAAAGCAUACGCGCUCUCUCUUCUGUGCAGACCCAUCGAAGUAGAAUCAGAGACGAGCCGGAGAAGGGGAAUUGCUUUGGAACCACCGCCGGCGGUAGUCGAUUCUCGAUUUCUUUUGCCGUUCAAGGUACGAGACAGGAACAGAUCGUGAGGCUUUUGGAUCGAUCGAUCUUGUCUGUCAGUCUAAUUACGGAGCUUGAUUUAUUGUGUUCCGUUUAGUUGCGGUUAGUUUCUUUCCGGUCUCAGUGUUAUAAGUUUGUGAUUAGGGUUUAUUAGUUUUACUUGAUUCGUACAAUUGACAGGAUUGAUUUGGGGAUCUUUUUUAGUUGUUGUAAAGGAUCGAGUUUUUUUGGUUCUGCAAGGAUCUGAAGGCCAUAGGUUCAGCUUCCAACUAGUGAGCAAAGAUUCACUUGUUAUCUGGAUUUAUUCUGAAUCACUGAUUUGUAAUUGUGACAAUGAAGAAUGGUGAGCGUGCCGCAAACAUUGCUCUAGCAGGUCUAACACUGGCGCCAUUAUUUGUGAAGGUGGAUACAAAUAUAAAUGUCGUAUUGACUGCAUGCCUCACUGUUUUUGUGGGUUGCUACCGCUCUGUCAAGCCAACACCUCCUUCGGAGACAAUGUCUAAUGAACAUGCCAUGCGUUUUCCUUUGGUUGGCAGUGCAAUGUUGUUGUCUUUGUUCUUGCUCUUUAAGUUCCUAUCAAAAGACCUGGUUAAUGCAGUGCUGACAUGCUACUUCUUUAUACUUGGGAUCAUCGCUCUUUCGGCUACACUUUUACCAGCAAUUGGGCGGUUUCUACCAAAAAAGUGGAAUGAAGACGUCAUAAUAUGGCGAUUUCCAUACUUCCGCUCUUUGGAGGUUGAGUUCACAAGGUCUCAAGUUGUUGCUGCUAUUCCUGGUACCUUUUUUUGUGCAUGGUAUGCUGCACAGAAGCAUUGGCUGGCUAACAAUAUAUUGGGUCUUGCAUUCUGCAUUCAGGGAAUCGAAAUGCUCUCUCUUGGCUCUUUCAAGACUGGUGCCAUUCUGUUGGCUGGACUUUUUGUAUAUGAUAUAUUCUGGGUCUUUUUCACACCAGUGAUGGUCAGCGUUGCUAAAUCCUUUGAUGCACCUAUCAAGCUUCUUUUCCCAUCAAGAAUUGACACACGCCCCUUCUCCAUGCUUGGUCUAGGAGACAUUGUAAUUCCAGGCAUUUUUGUAGCUUUGGCUCUUCGAUUUGAUGUGUCAAGAGGGAAAGAGAGUCACUACUUCAAAAGUGCUUUUCUGGGAUACACAGCCGGCUUGGUCGUUACAAUUGUUGUCAUGAACUGGUUUCAAGCGGCACAGCCGGCUCUAUUAUACAUCGUGCCAGGGGUAAUAGGGUUCUUGGCUGCUCAUUGUCUAUGGAACGGAGAGGUCAAACCGUUACUGGAGUUUGACGAGUCAAAAACAACAGCAGCAGCAGCAGCAGCAGCAGCAGCAGCAGGAGGAGAGGAAACAAACAGCAGCAAGAAAUUGGAGUGAAAAGGAGGAGAACAUAAUAGUUGUUUACAUUAGGGUGAAGUUUUGAUCAUCUUUUCUUCUGAUUUUUAACUUAUGCAAAGACAUUUUACUAGAUUUUGCUAUCAUCAUUUUAGACUUUUCAUGCUUUUACUUC